AUGGCGUCCUCUUCAUUCAGAGACUCUAUGAACUCCUUGGGCUGGUCUCGCCGGAGCCCGGAUGUGCCCGUAAACACUGCUCAGCAGACCGGACUUUUGUCCUCUCUGAAAUCAUUGAAUCCGUUUGGAGACAGUGACUAUGUCAGACUCCCAACAACUGAAGGCCCAGGAGCACCGCUUCCGGCCAGAAACCGCCGCGAGGAAGAGGAGGGCUGGUUCGCUCUUUCGAGGUGGGACCGGCUUCUGAUAUUUGGUGGCUGCAAUAUUGGAGCACUCGCAUGUUUCGUCCUGUGCUUUGCCUUAUGGCCAAUAAUGAUGGCGAAGCCGCGCAAGUUUGCGAUCUUGUGGUCCUUAGGUUCUGCCUUAUUCCUUGCAAGUUGGGCGGCGAUGAUGGGUCCUUGGAAUUAUUUUCAACACUUGAUAUCAACACCACGAUUACCCUUCACAGCAACAUAUUUUGGCUCUAUUGGCCUUACUCUGUAUUUCAGCCUUGGGCUUGAAAAUACAAUACUAACUCUGGUCUCGGCUCUGAUACAAUUAGCAUGCUUGAUCUGGUACUUGGUCAGUUAUUUCCCAAUGGGAUCCAGUGGAUUGCGACUCGCCACAAGCUUUGGGGCUCAGCGUGCUGCUGCGUGGAUGACCGGUUGA